GAGAAGCAGGGAGAGAGAGAGACCGAGGCAGAGCAUGCAUUUUUGAGUCAGUGCGCUUCUGUGCAUGUGUGGGGGUGUAUGUACAAAGAGCGCGCAAGAGAGAGAUUGACAGAAGGUGGCAGAGGAAAGGCAUCUCACACACAAAGGUCUUGAUGUGCUCUAGAGAAAGAUUUUUGCGUGUAAGAACCUGGGAGUGUCGACGAGAAGGAGAACAGACAUCCAUGAACCCCUUACAGAACUGACCAAUGAAUGACGGAAGGACCAUCACUGGAGAAAACAGCUCACCGUGGACGAGAAGAACAGAGCGCAUUUGACAUCUUUUUCUCCGAGGGUGCUUUGUGAGGUCUCAAGCUCCAUCCGUCCUUCUCAGACCGUGGAGAAAGGAAGGAACUGUUCCCUCCAUCCUCUCGCGUGCAACAGGACCAUUUGAUGGGACGGAAAGCGUACAGAAGGAUGAGAUGAGCCUGAGACAUUACCAGAAUCAGAACUUUGUGUCCUCUGGCGAGAGAGAACCUAAGGUUUACAACGACACAUCCAAAUCUAGAGAUUACAACAGACACACGUGUAUACAGGAAAUGGAACAACACUACGUAUAAGUCAGCAGAUCUGAGGCAUGCUGGGAACAGAUCUGGAAGGAAGACAGGUCUGGCAAGACUCCUGAGACACUCACAGACCUGUCACGUCAUCAAAGACUGGACAAGCGUAUCAUCAAACUCAACGCACACCCCUCAAGGAAUAUUGGGCUUUUAAGGACUGGAACAGCACGUUUUAGAUCUUCCUGAGCAUCUCCUAAAAAAACUUUGCUUAUAAGAAGAAAGGUCAUGGAGCUGUAAGAGCUGGUCGAGAGAAGAAACGAGAAGCAAACAGGGUCAAACCACAACGGCGAACUGAAACAGGAAGGAGGUACAUGUGGUUGUGACGCUGGGGUGAAUUUAGCUUCUGGGGCGUUGGUUGCAUCAUUUCCCUUCUAAAAAUCCAUUAAGCAACCCAUGAGAGAGAACUAUAGUAUUAUAGUAAACAGUGUUUAAGUGCUUAAUUUUCCCUUAAAGGUAUUAAAUCUGUAUUAAAGUCUUGUGUCAAAAUAGAUGUGCUGUAUCAUUGAAAUCACUGACAAUUUGCCAAGAUAUCUUCUGAUGUAUUUUAUUUGUGAAAAACAGUCUCAAUGAAUAUCCACUAGCUUUAAAUGAACAAUUCUGAUGUGUGCAAUAUCAGUCAAUAGGGUGCAAGUUGUUACUUUAACAUUUUAUGACCAAGAACGUAUUUCUUGUGACCUCUUAAUCUAGACAUUGACUUCUGUUGUCCUUCAGGGCUUUUUAUAGACGUUUUGCACUGGCUGGGAGUCUCUGUCUAUCUGUGCCACACAAAGACUCAGGGUGACAGGGCCCGUGACCAAGGAGGAGCUUUAAGACAGCAAUGGACAAAUCCAUUCGUCCUCAUGUCCCCUGCAAUGGCUGAGUGUCCUCCCCCAGUGCACUGAAGACAUAAUCUGCAGGACCAGACACUACACACAGUUCCUCUGCCAAGAUCACCACGACAAAGAGUGAAUGUCCUGCUUGCGACGCCAACCUGUGACCAUCCCUAUGGACACCGUCAAGAUCAUCCAGUCUGAGAAGUUCACCCGGGAGUGUCCCAUUCCCGUGACCCAACCUUGCUACGCCCCACCUCCCCGUGUGGCGUGGGAUGGAGGAGGCGAGGGAGAGGUUAUCGUCAACCAGGCCUGUGGAGACCUGUCUAUGGAGGUCAACGGAAACACCGUGGUCGCACCCAGACCCCUAGCGUCUUCCCCUGCCCCCAUCCUCCGCCGUGAAGCCAGUUAUCUAGCCCAGCGGAAGACCAGCACAUCCGACAUCUGUUACCACCAGUUCCACUACAAGAUGGACGACGUAAUCGUCAACCAGUACGUGCUCCGCUCUUCCUCCACCUCUUCCUCCUCAUCCUCCACUUCCUCAGGCCCGGUGAUGCCGUGUGAACCACUGGACUGUCCCACCUGUGGACACACCUACAACUUUGCUGGCAAGCGGCCACGUAUUCUCUCCUGUUUGCACUCGGUGUGUGAGGAGUGCCUGCAGAUCUUGUAUGAAUCCUGUCCCAAGUACAAGUUCAUCUCCUGCCCCACCUGCCGUCGCGAGACCGUGCUUUUUACAGACUACGGGCUUGCCGCGCUGGCCAUCAACACCAGCAUUCUCAGCCGACUGCCGCCCGACUCAGCAGGGACUAUGCAGUGGGGCAGCGACGGUGAUCGCAGCUGCUAUCAAACGGUGCGCCAAUACUGUCAAUCAGCUUGCACCUGCCACAUUGCCAACCCCCUGUCCUCCUGUGGCAUCAUGUAAAGCUGAUUAAGCAAGUGACUGGCACAACUCAUCCCAAAAUGCUAUCCAGCCGUGCCCACCAUCUGAACCUUGACUCACACACAAUCACCCCCGCCGAUCCGUCACAGGUGCAUUUGUAUAUUUAAUAGCACAGGAUGCUAUGUGGACUUGAAGUGAAAAAGACACUUGUGCGCAAAGACAGAGAUAAGAAAUAUCAGAGUAAAUGUAUUUUAUGUAUGAACUGAUUACCCUCUAUCCCUCACUCUCUUGUUUGGAUGUGUUCGUCAUUGACAUCUCUUUACAUGGGAAUGCCAAGAGAAGUCUAUCUCCCCCAUUCCGGGUAUGAUAAAGACCAAUAAAGAAGUUACAAGUGACAA